GUGACCGCCUCCGAGCUCCAGGGGAGGGGAGGGGAGCGCCAGGCAGGGACGCGCGGGUGUGGUGGGGGGGUGAGAGACUCCCUCCUGCCGCUUGCCUCGUUGCCGACCUCUUCCCUUCGCCUGCUGCGAGGACUCGGAUUAGCUGCCGGCCCCCCCCCCCCCGCCCCGGAGGCCCCCGCUGGCGUUCAGUUCCCGGCGUGUUGGGCUGAGUUGAGGGCGCCUCCUAGAAGAGCCGAGGGGGGCCCCGCUCCGGCGCCUUCCCCUCUUGCAUCUCCUCCCAACCUGCCGUUGCCGCCGGUGGUCGAAAGACCCAGGGCUGUUCUCCCUCUCCUUUUCUUUUCCCCCCCCCUCUCUGUGUCUGUCUGUCUGUCUGUCUUCCCUUCUCGACAUGGAUUUCUCUUUGAGGGUCCUCGUUUUAUCCUGGCUUUACCUGGAGACUUUAGGGGACUUCGACGGAAGGUGGCCCAGGCAGAUCCUUUCCACAACUGGAUUGUGUCGUUUUGGGAGCAGAGUGGAUUGCUGCUGGGGCUGGGCUCGCCACGCCUGGGGCCACUGCCAACCUUUCUACAUCUUAAGGCAGAGAAUAGCCAGGAUAAGGUGCCAACCCAAAGCUGUUUGUCAACCUGGAUGUAAGCAUGGAGAAUGUAUUGGUCCAAACAAAUGCAAAUGUCAUUCAGGAUACACUGGGAAAAUAUGCAACCAAGCUGCACACCUGUUUGCAACCUCUGCACACUGGUCCAGUGAAUCACCUUCUUUCACCACUGCAGAAGAUCAUGCCACGUAUUUACCUUGGAGGGAUCUCAAUGAAUGUGGAUUGAAACCAAGGCCUUGCAAACAUAGAUGUAUGAAUACCUAUGGAAGCUAUAAAUGUUAUUGUCUGAAUGGGUACAUGCUUAUGCCUGACGGAUCGUGUUCUAAUGCUCUCACAUGUUCAAUGGCAAACUGUCAGUAUGGUUGUGAUGUGGUUAAGGGGGAAAUACAUUGUCGCUGUCCUUCACCAGGGUUACAGCUAGCAUCAGAUGGCAGAACAUGCAUUGAUGUGGAUGAAUGCAUCACUGGGAGCGUUACCUGUCCCCGAUUCAGGAAAUGUGUCAACACUUUUGGAAGUUAUAUUUGCAAGUGUCAUAAAGGCUUUGAUUUGAUGUACAUUGGAGGCAGAUACCAAUGCCACGACAUAGAUGAAUGUUCUCUUGGCCAAUAUCAGUGUGGAGGUUAUUCCCAGUGUUACAAUACACUAGGGUCUUACAAAUGUAAAUGCAAAGAAGGGUACAGAGGUGAUGGAUUAAACUGCAUAAAGAUUCCUAAAGUUAUGAUUGAUCCAUCUAACCCCUAUAGUGUAUUUAAAAGCAAUUCAACUUUUCUGAAAGGAAGCAGUGGCAUGACCAACAGAAUAUCUGAAUCUGGUGGUACAAAAUAUCCCGUCCAAUUGCCUUAUAUACCGUAUGUAAUUACACCAAAGCCUUAUGUGAAGACAACAGCAAAACCAACUGUGAAACCAACAUACAAACCAUAUACCAGAUUGGCAACACAACCUGCCACGACAAGACCAGCUUUCAGGCCAGUGACAAGAUCUCCACCAGUGACAAGUCCUCCCCAACAAUCCACAGUACCGUUUAAGCCUGUAACAACAACAAUGCCGCAAGUAGUAACUGAGGAGCCUCUGCCUUUUCCUAGCGAAACUACACCACAACCAGGACUUACGGUUGACAAUUGGAUCCCAAUUGAGCCACAGAAACCCAGAGGAGAUGUAUUUAUUCCCCGCCAGCCUGGAGUGAACAAUCAUCUCUUGGAAACAUUUGAAAUUGAACAAGGGAUAAGUGCCACUGAGGAUGAAGCAAAUGAUGAUCCAGGUGUUCUGAUUCAUAGUUGCAACUUUGAUGGUGGUUUGUGUGGAUGGAUCAAGGAAAGAAAUGAUGAUUUACACUGGGAACCUGUUAAAGACUCCUCAGGUGGACAAUAUUUAUCUAUUUCUCAACCCAAAGGGAAGGCAGGUCGAUUUGCCCGCUUGGUUCUCCCACUUGGCCAUUUUGCUCGCUCCGAAGAUCUGUGCUUAUCCUUUAGGCAUAAAGUGUCUGGAUUACACUCUGGUUUGCUUCAAGUCUUUCUCAGAAAGAUUGGUAUUCAUGGGCCAGCAAUUUGGGGAAGGAACAGAGGUCAUGGUUGGAGUCAGACGCAUAUAACAUUGAAAGGACCUGGCAUCAAAAGCGUUAUUUUUAAAGGUGAAAAAGGAAAAGGAAGAACUGGGGAAAUUGGUUUGGAUGAUAUAAGUUUGAGAAAAGGCCGAUGUUCUCAGGACCAUUAGUGGUACAGAUGGGUGAAGAGAAGAGACUUUCAUUGUCCAUACCUAUUAUUUGAGACAUGUGGAUGAUUGAUAACUUCUUUGUCUUUGUGAAAUCACAGUGGAUCUCCAUAUAAAUAAUUCAAAUUUUCUAUAUUAGCAAAGAAAGCUUAAACAGAAGAAGCCAUUAACUUUAGUUAACAUUGUCCGUGCUUUAGGAGAUUCUGAAUGGAGGAUAUAUACAUGUCCUUUAUGAAGAAAAGACCGCCUAAACAUCCUCAAAAAGAGUCAACAUCUGAAUCCAUGUCUUCUUUGUGUUUUCCAUUGGCUGAUUAUGGCUCAUUUUGUGUCACAAGCUGAAGAUACAUCCCUUAUUAUUGUACUGCAUCAAUUUUUAAAGUAGAGUGUUUUAUGUGUCUCUGUGUGUAUAAAUAACAUUUAUCCCGUUAUCUUAUUGCAAGAGGCAGUUAAAGAGUAGCACUGCAAUCCUUAAUAUAGGUAGUGCUGUGUUCUGUAUAAAUAUGUAUUAUUAUUAUUAUUAUUAAUGUAUUUAUAUAUGUUGUAUAUUUGCAAACUCUAGUUGUAAGAUGAAAUAGCAUUUGCACACGUUACAGUUAAACCAGCAAAACAGGCCGGUAGUCCAAUAGCAAGUUCUUUUUAAAAUAUAUAAGACCUGGCAAUGUUCCUUGCCUUUCUAAACUCAAACAGUAGAAUAUUUUACAUGAUUGCAAAAAUGAAUAUAAUGUAAAUAUUACCAGAUUCAGGAGAAUUAGACUUCCACAAUCCUUUUCUGAAAAGAAAAGCAUUCAUGAUUGGUAUCAGCAGCACAACUUGGCCUUGAUGGAUUUUUUAUUUUUUUAAUAUAUUCAAGGAAAGUUUGUGAGAUAGGAGUGUUCCCUCUCUUAUUCAGAUGCUAGUAAGAAACAAAAUAGGUUUUGGGAUUCAUCAGCAAAGAAACAGAAUGACUUGUCAUGUAUUAACCAGAAUUAUAUUGUACCCUGUUUCCCUGAAAAUAAGACUUCCCCUGAUAAUAAGUCCAAUCAGACUUUUGAGAGCAUGCGCUAAAAUAAUCUCCCCCACCCAAAAAAAUAAGCCCUCCCCAAAAAUAUUUAAACACAGAGCUGAAAAUCAGAUAAGAUGGCAAGAGGAUCCCCAUCUUGCUCCACGCACCCCAAAAUAAUAAGACCUCCCCGAAAAUAAGGCCAAGCACUUAUUUCAGGGUUCAAAAAAAUAUAAGACAGGGUCUUAUUUUCAGGGAAACACAGUAGUCCUCAAUUUACAACAGUAUAUUUAAUGACCGUUCAACGUUACAACAGCAUUGAAACAAGUGACUUACGGCCAUUUUUCAUACUUACAACCAUUGCAACAACCCCAAUCAAAAUUCGGGUGCUUGGCCACUGACUCAUAUUUAUGACAGUUGUAAUGUCACCUUUUCCGACCUCCUUAAAAGCAAAGUCAAUGGGGAAGCCAGAUUCACUUAACAACUGUGUUACUAACUUAAUAACUGGAAUGAUUCACUUAACAAUUGUGUCAAGAAAAGACCUAAUAAUGGGGCAAAAUUCACUUAACAAAUGUUUCACUUAGCAACAGAACCUUUGGGCUCAAUUGUGGUCGUAAGUCGAGGACUACCUGUUCAUUAUUGCAUAAAUUCUAUCUACUCUGUCCUCUUUUCAGACAGUGUUGUCUUUAUUUCUGGGCAGAUGAUUUAAUCCACAUCGUAAAGAAGAAAAACUGUUUCCUGAAGAUAGCAGGAGGGUUGCAAAAUGGCUCAGUUUCAGACUGAUCAAAAGUCCAUCUUGCACAGUAAGGCAUAGAGAAAAAACACAACAAAAAUGCAGUAGAAUGAGGUAGAAAAUCCAAAGAGAGUUUUCAAUGGCUUAGAAUUUGGAACUUUUAAUUCUUAUUUGCAAAAAUGGAAAAUUUAAAAACUUUCCUCUUGCAUCCAGAUGGCAAUCACAUUGCUGGCAUGUUAAUCUCCCCAAGAAGCUAUCCAGGUGGUGGGGACUGCCAUGGAAAAUCCUCUUUUUCGUUGCCUCAAAAUGAGUAAAUCUUCAGCUGUUCCCAGUGUGGCUUGAUAGAAAUAAUACAGGCGGCCAACCUAUCACAUUUUUUAAGUCCAAAAUAAUUUAGCUCAAUUUCUCAACUUACUCCAUAUCUGAAGUUGCUUCUUACUAACAUGUGAUUUCUUCCUGUAUUUCUCAGAAUACAACAGAAGUCAACAACAUGGCACCCCUAAAAGCUGUUCAACUACCCCUUUCACCCAAUUAAUUAUAUAUAUUUAUUUCUAAAAUAUAUUCAAGGAUCAAAGUCUCAUUAGUUCACAGGGGCAUUCUUGGAUAAAAUUGCAGGAUAUAUAAGAAUUAAAGUCAUUAAAAUCUUACAGUUAUUACCGGUAAAAGUCGGCAACAUUCAGAUUAAACCAUUUAUAGAUAUGAUAAUUUUUGACAGAAAUAUAAUUUAUUAAGGCACAGUACUUUGAAAAGAAGCACUAUAAAAGUAAAUUGAUGGUCUUUAAUGCAUUCCAUUACAGCCAUUGGAACAGCUGAGCAGUUUUUUCCCCCAGUUGUAAUUGCAAUUUGCCUGCUUAGUCAAGCCAAUGACUUUAGCAGAAAUAUCGUAGACCAGGGGUGUCAAAUUCAUGGCUCACAGGCUGGAUGAGUCAUGUGCUGGCCACGCCCACCCCGGUUUAGUGAAGAGAAAAAAUGUGGCGAUACGUAACAUGAUGACAACGUGUCGUCGCAAGUUUGACGCCCCCAUCUUAGACCUACUCCAGCUAUUGACAAGAUUUUUCUUCUUCUAAUCAUGGCUUUCUAAAAUAUGGCAUGUAGAAUGUCAAUAUGGCAAGUUACAUUUCUCUGAUAAAAAUGAUGCUAUUUUAAAUAAGAAAAAACUAAUACCCUAAAUGCAUUUUUUUCAGUUGGACAAAUAAUGAUUUUUUGUUUUAAAUUUUUUUAAAAAGUGAAGUUAUGUUUCAAUAUUAUCAUAUUACAAGACCAUCAAGCGUAAACCUUUAAAAAUGAUAAACGAACUCCUUACAGAUAUAAUUAAUGAUUUUCUUUGGAGUUAGAGUUGUAAUAGUAAUAAUGUAAUAUACUACUUGUAAUCAAUUUUAAUUUAUAAGGGUAUGGUAGCCUAGAGGUGGAGCUCUCCCCUCACAAUCAGAAAGCUGUGAGUUUGAUUUUAGGUAGCAACAGAUAUUUCUCUCUCUGGGCACAAUGAGUAAUUGUCUGCUGUGAACUCCACAUAGGCAUCAGAAAAGGCAUCUGGUCAGUAAAUGCUCGAGCUCUGUUUAGUCAUCCCUACUUCACCCGAUGUAAGAGAUUAAAGGGUCAUUAAAAGAAAAAAAUCAAUUUAAAUUUAUAUAUCAAAUUAAACAAUAACAAAAGCUACAUGUUUAUAAACUGAAAUGAUUUUUUAAAGUCUUUCCAUGUAUACAGUUCUAUAGAAGCUACAGAGACCACAGAUUUAUUGUUACACACUACAAUGCAGAGGAGAUAGACAUGCAAACCUGAAUCAAACUAGCGGUAGUCAGUGUCAGUGGAUUUGCAUAUCUGAUAAUCAGCUAUCACCCUGGAAAAGUAAAAGUUUUUUACUUUUUGAGUUUUGUCCUCUUUCACAGAGUUGAAAGCUGCAGUCCACAAAAUUUAUUAUGGUGAAUUCGGAAUAUGUUACAAAAACUUAAUAUUUUUGACAUAAUGACAAUUGUAAUGGAGUAAACCAAGCAUUUUGUAGAAUAAAUAGAUUUGGAGUGCAAGCUACAGGAGAACAGCCCUGCCCAAAAUCCUCUUAAGUGAAUUGGUUUUAUCAAGAGCAAUGGAGAAAGAAGUCUUCAUUUGAUAUCUGGAUCUAGAAUGAGGUAGUGCUUCAUAUUUGGCCAAAUAAAUCUAUAUUAUUCCUGAAUUAUGCUGGCUGUAUUAAAUAAUACCCUCUUUAAAUUAUGCCUUGAUCAUGCUAUAUGAAAACUAUAUGCAUGUUUAUAUUUUCUAAAGCUAUGCAUAGAAUAGAAUAGAAUAGAAUUGAACUGAAUUGAAUAGAAUAGAAUUCUAGAACAGAACAGAAUAGAAUUCUUUAUUGGCCAAGUGUGAUUGAACACACAAGGAAUUUGCUUUGGUGCAUAUGCUCUCUGUACAUAAAAGAAAAGAUACAUUUGUCAAGAAUCAUAAGGUACAAAACUUAAUGAUAGUCAUAGGGUACAAAUAAGCAAUCAAAUCAUAUUAGGAAACAGUCAGUAUAAAUUGUAAGGAUACCAGCAACAGAGUUACCGUCAUACAGUCAUAAGUGGGAGGAGAUGGGGAUAGGAACGAUGAGAAGAUUAAUAGUAGUGCAGACUUAGAAAUUAUUUAAUUAAAUAAGAAUGUAUAUUUUUUUGAUAUCUUUGACUUUCCAAUGAAUCUACUCAAUCUUAAUUCCACUUAAUGGGCUUCUAUUGGAGUGAAUAAGAUAUAAGAUCAGCUAGGAAUGUCAUGUUUGUGUUGUAAUAUGUAGGCAAUUCAAGACAAAGUUGUUAUGAUUCAGCCCUGAUACAAUUCAUCCAUAUCAGGCUCCUAUUUCAAUAGGCAGACUGUUAACUAUUUUCUUUCUCUUUUUUUUGGUUAUUUUUUUCUUUUAUUUUUUAAAGACAAACAAAUAUACAACACAUUUUUUCUGAAUAGAGUAUUGACCGGGUCGAAAUUUAUACAGCUUAUUUUCCCCAAAUUUAAUUUAUAUAAUUCAAUUUCUGCCAUUAUAUUCCUUUUCUACUUUCCUUUUUUCAUCUUUAUUUUCUAUUUAAUAAAUAAUCAGUAUUAUCAUCCGCCCUAACCUCCUAAUCUUAAUCUUCUUUCAUUUCAUUCUUUUUCUCCCUUUCACAUAUAUUUUUCAAUAUUUCUUUAUUCUAUUUAAACCUUUUAAUUUACAUACAAUCAUUUUGCUAUUUCACACUUAUUUCUGAAUAUCCAUUGUUUUCUAAAAGUGGGCCAGAUUAUCAUAUCUUAGUUUCUAAUUAAUCGUUUUAUCCUUUUAACAAUAUAUUUCUUCAAUUUUAUUUUCCACAAGUAAAAAUAUCUUAUUCCAUUUCCCUUUCAUUUAAGUUUCACAGUUUAUAUCAUCAUUUCCAAUCAUCUUUCCCCUAAGUAAAUAAUUUUAAGUUAUCAUUUAACAUUUAAUUAAACCUAUCUUCCAUUUCUCUUUCAUUUAAAUUUCCUUUUCUAAUUAAAUCAUUAUAUUCACAAUUUUAUCAUCAUUUCCAAUCCUGUUCCCUUCUACAUAAUUAAUUUCAAAUUAUCAUUAAUAUAUCAUCUUAAGUUCAAUUUUUUUUCAAUUCUACUAUUAAUACAAUUCAUUUAACCUCUUUUAAAUAUAUAAUUUUAUAUUUCAAUCCUAUUGUUAAUACAAUUCAUUCAAAUCUUUUAUAAUUCACAACCAUUUUUUUACAUUCUACCAUUCAUAUUAAAGAUUAUAUUUCAAGUUAUUCAAAUACUACAAUCACCAAUAUUAAUCAUAAUGCCAUUAUUUCCAUACUUGCAUACCAUAUUCCUUUUAACCAUUUCUCCUGGUCCAUCUAGCCAACCCCUUCUUAAAAUUCCCUUCCUUUUGUUCCAUUCUCUCGUUUUCUUCUUUUUCUUUGUUUUCUUUUUAUAGUUAUUAUACCUUUUCCCGUUUCCUUCCUUUAGUUUUUAAGUCCAUUACUCACUUAUUUUGUCCUAUAUUCCCAUCUGGUUUAUUUCCAUUUUCUCUUUUCCCCUUCUUUUUUCCCCACUGUUAUUCCCAAUAUAAUCAUUUAAUUAUUUUGUCUCUAAUCUUUUCUCUUUUUCUUGUUUCUUUUGUUUCUCUCUACCUUCUCUAUUUUUACCACUGUUAAUUCCAGUGUAAUCAUUAGAAAUGUUUUUCUCUAAUCUUCUCUCCUUUCCUUCUCUUAAUUUUCUUUUUUACUGGUUGUGCCCUUCUGAACUUCUCUUUUUUUCAUUGUUACUCCCAAUAUAAUCAUUUAAUUGUUCAUCAAUACCUUUAUCUUCAGUGUUGUUUUCUUGUUUCUCAUUGGUAGGCUGUUUCUCCAGUUGACAAAAUUCUUGUUUUCUUUCUGUCCAAAUCAAAUGAUACACGUACAAUUUUAAUCAACUCAAUUAAUUCCUGCUAUAUUUUGACGUUCUGCUUAGGUUUUAGUUCCAAUUUAAAAUUUUAUUAUUUGUCACCUCUUUUAAUUAUCAAAGUCAAAGAGCUGAAAAGAAAACAAGUCCUCCUUAAAACUUCUCAUGUCUCGUUAAUCAAGGUCACUGUAUUUUUUUCCAGAUUUUUCCAAAUGUUCAGUGUAGUAUUUUUUUCCACCAGUAGAUAUCUUUCUUCAAUCCACAAGUUUCAAAUCAAUAACUUAACAAAGUAUCCAAUUUGUGUAUUAAAUCCACUUAUCUAAUAUUUCUCUGAUUCCUUCUUUCUCUUCUUAAUUUUUAUAUGUUCCAAAUCCAAGUUUUACAUUCCAAGUCAGAUCCAAUUAAAAUAUCUUUUCUUUAUACUUCCUUUAAGGUUGAAAAUUUUUCUUAAAAUUUAUAUCCAAUCCUUUACUAUUUUCUUUCGGGUUUCUUUUUCAUGUAAUACUUUUAAACUCUCCAAAUCCAAUUUCCAAAUCCAAAUAUCAAACUCCAUUUUGGGCUUUAGUGUUUCUACUUCCGCUUUGUUCUUCUCCCUGCAUUAGCAUUCCCCAGUGCUAAUUAGCUGCUAUUUCCAUGCCGAGACUCUUCAAAGAUUUCAAAUUGUUUCUUUAUUACCUAUGAGUUGGCCAAUCACUCACCCGGGACCAAUACUUCAUCCAAAACCUUGCUUCUGCACAAUUCUUAGUCCGGUUAUCCCAGCUUUUUGGUGGUCGCAAUGGCCACCACCCCCGCCGCUGGAUCAAAGAGUUUUCUCCGACUUCCCUCCACGACUAAGAGGCAAGACUAACUUGCCUCUUAGUUGUCUGAGAUGCCUCUUCUUCUUCACUGUCCCUACAAGACAGUUCCAGUCCAAAGACUCCCCGACAGCAGUUUGUCUGGCGGAUUUUUGCCAGGCUCAUCAGAACCCGCUACUUUCCAGCCAGUCUCACCGCGCCACUUCCAAUUCUCCUGUUAAUUAUUUUCUAGAUGGAAACAAUUCCCCAAUAAAGAUAUGGGUUGCUGCAUCUAAUAGCAAUGAACUGAAAGAGAUUGGCUUCUGAAAAAGUAAAAUGUAACUCACAGAGGCAUGAAUUGCUUCCAUAUUUGGUUCUAGAAUCAUAGCAAAAUAGGAACUCGUAAAUCUCAAGUGAAUCACAUGAGCACCAUAUGCGAAUAUAACUAAUGGACUUCAUGUUUGGAGAAAUACCCUUCCCUUUGAAUGAUCAAACCAAUAUGAAGAGCAGAUGCUAAAGUCACAUGCAUAUAUUUGGUUCAGUGUCUGUUGAGCUGUCAAAAGAUUUUCUGUUGAGAAUUAUUUUCUGGAAACUUCUUGUGACAGGUUAAUGCAUCGAAGCCAUUUCUAAAAUCAUUUGUUAUGGUCCAAAUUCAUAAAAGCAGCAAUAAUGGAUUUUCAUAUAAGCUACUACUCUUAAAUUGUAGGUAUAUUUGUGGAGGUAUACAAAUAAAUAAGUAGAAUACAUAUAUAUUUAAGGAACACAGUGUUGUGUCACACAAUAUUUAUGAUAAUUUAUACAGACCUACCUGACUCUCACCAUAUAUGUGGUUUCAGAAAGAGUAUAUUACGUGCAGUAGAUGGAUUUUUAAAUCGUCUUUUAUGAAGGUGAGAAAAUGCUCUGGAGCAGGGGUCUCCAACCUUGGCAACUUUAAGACUUGUGGACUUCAAUUCCCAGAGUUGAAGUCCACAAGUCUUAAAGUUGCCAAGGUUGGAGACCCCUGCUCCAGAGCAACAAAUAGAACUAUAUCUAAAAGAUGCACAUCUGAAUCUUUCAUCUAUAUUUAAUUGGCAUAUAUUCUUUUUUUGAGAAAUGUUAGUAUUUAAAAAUGCCUAAAGUCCAUGAUUAAUUAAUGGCACCUAGGUGCAUCUAUAUAAUAACUUAUCUAUCUUUUCUUCUUUUGAUUACUGUCUUCAUAACUGUCAAAAUAGUUAAACCUAUUAAAAUGAUAUGGUAUCCUUGUUUAA